GAGCCGGAAAAGGAGGAAGCUCCGCUAAAAUCGAUCGCGGAAUGGCAUUUUUAAACGCAAAAGGUGGCAUGUGGUGAGGCCCGUUCACCGGCUGUGCGGUAGAAGGAGCACUGUCCACCGAAUUGGCGGCGCCAAUGCGAUCGCGAUGCCUCGCCGUUUCUCCCGACGGCUCGACACCGCUCGUUUCGGUCGUUUCGGAUGAGUCAUCCGACGAACGGAACGGCGAGCGGAGAACGAGGGGGAGCUUGUUCGACAACACGCUGUCGAGAUUGUCGAGAAUCGUCAGGGCGCGACGCGGCACGAAGGGCUUUGUUUACCGCAAGAUACGGCCGACGAUGGCGUCAGACAGAGACGACAUUGGGGAUCUGAGCGACGUUAUUCUGCAAGAGAAUUCAGAUGCCGAGACGCAGUGUAAACGCAAAUUGAGCAAGAAACCAAAGAGAGUGCUGCAAUUUUCGGAUGGAGUAAUGGAGGAAUAUUCGUCGGAGGAUGAAGUUGACGCACCAAAGAAUAAUAAAACUGUGUCGCAGAUAGAUACGAAAAAUAUGACUUGGUUACCAUGGGCGUGGCAUCAAACUACAUGGUUCAGUUCUAAAAUGUUGGAUGGUUGCGAUUACGUUGGCGAAUGCCUGGCCAACUUCUUCGGUAUAACAGCGCCCAAGUAUCAGUUCGAGAUCAAUGAGUUUUAUAGGCUACAAGCGCUCGAAAGAGAACUAUUUCAUAAGCAAGAUUUGGAAAUGGGUGGCUGGAAUGAGCGAAAGAGGAACAAUCUCAUAAGUAGCGAUGAUAUGUUGACAAAUGAACAAUGCGUUUAAAACAUUGCCUACACAUAGCUUUGACAGGGAUUUAUUGCUCAAUUCUAAAUUCACUAGAAAUUUGCAAAUGGAAAUAAUGAAUGCUUGAAUGAUUUCAACCAAUAUUUUUCUAUGCGACAUUGAAGUUUUUUAAAUAAUAUAAAAUAACAAAUAUAAUUAUUACAAAAGAAAGUAUAUGAUGUAGGACAAAAAUUGAACAAACUUAUUGCGAUAUAUAUGGCGUUUUAAAAAUGAAAGCAUUUAAAUGAAAAUCUUGCAAAACUGCCACCUUCAAGUCAGUUUAAACUAAGUAAGUUGAUAUAUAUGUUACAGAGAUUUCGUGUAAUUCGUUCUUU